AUGUCUUCUGCAAGUGAAUUUGAUACCAAUAUAAAAUUACUUAAUGAAGCUAUUAUGAAAUUAAAACCAUACUAUAAUAAUCAUAUAGACAAAUCAUCAAUGAAUAAAACAAUAUUUGUUGUUAUCAUAGAAUUACAAGCAUUAGGAAUUUAUGUUGAAAAAGGAUCAAUAAAUCAAUCAAAUACAUCACCAACUGAUAAUAGUUUUGAUAAAGAAGUAUGGAAAGCUUUAAAAAUCAUUGAGAAUGACGCAACUGCUACUGAUAUAGCUCAAAGUCGAUUUAAUAAACUUUUUCAAGAAUAUCAAAAUGAAAUUUUAACAUUCGCUAAUAUUAAUCAAUGA